CCAAUCUAAUCCAAUCCGCCAAGGAAAACCCUUCUCUUCUUCUUCCUCCUCCUCCCAAAUCCACCCUUGUCCCUAACCCCCCUUCCCUCCUCUCCUCUCCUCUCAGCUGCGGCUCAAGCUUCCUUCUUUUACCCUCCAGACCCCGCGCGCGGAGGCAGCAGAGCGGUCAGCUGCGGCUCAAGCUUCCUCCUUUACCCUCCAGACCUCGCGCGCGGACGCACCAGAGCGGCGGCGGGCAGGCAGGCAUGGGCGCCAGCGGGGGCGGGGAGGACAAGCCAUUCAAUUUCCUCCAGAUCCUCUGCGAGGGCGUCAUAGCCGGAGGCACCGCCGGGGUCGUGGUGGAGACGGCGCUCUACCCCAUCGACACCAUCAAGACCAGGCUUCAGGCUGCUCGAGCUGGAAGUCAAAUUCAAUGGAAAGGCCUGUAUUCCGGAUUAGGUGGAAAUCUUGUCGGUGUUCUCCCGGCUUCUGCUCUGUUUGUGGGGAUAUACGAACCAACUAAACGGAAGCUACUGGACAUGUUUCCUGAAAAUUUGAGUGCUGUUGCUCAUCUUACUGCAGGUGCUGUUGGAGGGUUGGGUGCUUCUCUCAUUCGUGUCCCCACAGAGGUGGUCAAACAAAGGAUGCAAACUGGUCAAUUUAGGACUGCGCCUGAUGCUGUUCGUCUGAUAGUUGCCAAGGAAGGAUUUAGAGGCCUUUUUGCUGGUUAUGGUUCAUUUUUACUUCGAGAUCUUCCGUUUGACGCUAUUCAAUUCUGCAUAUAUGAGCAACUUCGAAUUGGUUACAAGCUUAUGGCAAAGAGGGAGCUGAAGGAUCCAGAGAAUGCACUCAUUGGUGCUUUUGCCGGUGCGAUUACUGGCGCUAUAACAACACCCCUCGAUGUUCUGAAGACAAGGUUGAUGAUUCAGGGGCAAACAAAGCAAUACUCUGGAAUUGUAAGCUGUGCUAAGACGAUCUUGAGAGAGGAAGGUCCCGGCGCCUUUUUGAAGGGCAUCGAGCCGCGAGUUCUGUGGAUCGGCAUCGGCGGGUCCAUCUUCUUCGGCGUGCUGGAAAAGACCAAGUCGGUGCUCGCUGAGAGGAGCAGCCGCAAGGCUGUGCUGGCGGAGAAGGACAAGUGAACCAACCAACAAAUCAAUUGUGCAUCCUAUGCUGAGUGAACCCACCAUUUACCCGUUCCUUUAACCUCAAGUUUUGCUCCAAUUUUGUGUUGGGCAGUGCUUCUUCUUCCAGAACCAUAGAGCAUACAAUCAGUUUCAAGAGUUUGUUUCAGACGUCGGUUAUCGUUAUGAUCCUGUAUGAAUCCCUGUAAACAUUACUGUCCUUUAAUAAAGUUACCCGUUUGUUCUAAAA